CUUGAGUUUACUGAGAUAAGGUACGGGUUCCUUCCCAUCAUACGGCGUGUGCAUCAUGGCCUGGCGCCUCCAUCUCUCUCACUUUCCACCAUUUCCCACCAUUUCUCAACGGGUGCGCCCUCUAUCCAGCAACCUAGAUUUUGUUGAGGAAACUUUGUCGUCCCGUGGUUGCCCGUACCGACCGACACCCAACUUCGAAGGAACGAUGCUGCCCGACUCGUGUCAGACGGGUAGGUACGUAUGUCUACAUAUAGCACUGGCAGCCACACGUUUAUUAGGCAGGAGGCCGCUUACUAUCCUUGAGCUCCAGCAAGCCCUGGGGUUGGAAGUCGGGGCUUCCGACCUGGACCAAGACAACUUAGACAACAUCACCAGAGUCUGAACAACGUAGCUUGCUGAUUGACGACGGCCCCAAAAUUUGCACGCGUCUAGACUCAACCCACGGUCUCAUAACAGUGGACAGUAACG